CUGGAAUUGGCUCGGCUUUACUUCAUCUUGUUGGCGUACUUGGGAGCGUCAAGACUUCCAAACUGGAGACGAAACUACUCAACGACGAGGACAAACACCGACGGGAACACUUUGCUCAAGCAGUUCAGAUGCUGAGUUCAUGGGUCCCGUCCUUGCCAGGGAUGUUAUGUGAGCAACGUGAGGAGCACUUCUUCUGUUUCAGUGUACCUACAAAACGUCAGGAUUAUCCUCCUCUUGCGGCGGCUCGUCAAGUGCGGAGGGAUCAAAUGUUUUCUAACACUUUCUGAUGGGUCACCAGAUCCCAAGCGUGUUUCAGUCUGACCCGAGCUCUGCCAUGACAUCUGCUGUCUGUGGUGCGUCCUGGAGGACGACACGGCGGCCAUGAUGCUGAGGGCUUCAUCCACAGGGGAGUGCCACGACAUCGUGACAGAUUUUGGAGCGUCCUGCCGUGGCCUGUCUCAUGUAGGUUUGACCGUGAAGGAUGGCUCUGCCGGAGAUGCCCGAGGGUACUCGUGGAGGCAACCGGCGUGAAGACAGAGAGCCGGACGACACGCUGACUCAAACGCCAGCAAGCAUCCGCAAGAAGAGAAGAAGGCUCAAGAGGAGAUUGUGUAUCAACUUGAGCAACUGCAAGUAUGAAAGCGUGCGACGCGCUGCCCGACGUUACGGCCUCAGAGAGGCGAUGGAAGGCAGCGACUGGACGCUGAUGUGGUCCGACUGCUCCGUGUCUCUGGAGAGAGUGAAGGCCAUGAAACAGUACCAGAAGAUCAAUCAUUUCCCCGGGAUGAUCGAGAUCUGCCGCAAAGACACUCUGGCCAGGAACUUGAACCGCAUGCUCAAGCUCUUCCCAAAGGACUACAACAUCUUUCCCAGGACGUGGUGCCUUCCGGCAGACUACAGUGACUUCCUGGCGUUCGCCCGCCUCAAGAAGCACGUGGCUUUCAUUUGUAAGCCCGACGCAGGCUCUCAGGGGCGCGGCAUCUUCAUCACCAGGUCCAGUAGAGACAUUCAGCCUGGAGAACGCAUGAUCUGUCAGCUCUACAUCUCCAAGCCUUUGGUCAUCGACGGCUACAAGUUCGACCUCCGUAUCUACGUGCUGGUCACGUCAUGUGACCCACUGAGGAUAUUCCUGUUCGAGGAGGGGCUGGCACGGUUCUGCACCACCAAGUACACGGAACCGGCGCACGGCAACGUGGACAAGGUGUGCAUGCACCUGACCAACUACUCCAUCAACAAGCACAGUGACAACUUCGUCCAUGACCACGACAUGGGUAGCAAGCGGAAGCUGUCGGCGCUCAUCAAGCAGCUGGAGGCAGCGUGCGGCGACACGGACAAGCUGUGGAGCGACGUGGAGGACGUGAUCAUCAAGACGCUCAUCUCGGUUCAGCCUGUCCUCCGGCACAACUACCACACGUGCUUCCCCAGUUACGCCGUCGGCAGCGCCUGCUUCGAGAUCCUCGGCUUCGACAUCCUGCUGGACCAGCGCCUGAGGCCCUGGGUGCUCGAGGUCAAUCACUCGCCAAGUUUCACCACUGACUCGGCGCUGGACCGUGAGGUGAAGGACGCGCUACUUUACGACACGCUGCUCCUCAUCAACUUGGGCGCUUGCAACAGAAGCAGGAUCACCAAGGAGGAGAGCAGGCGGGCUAAGGAGCGUCUGCAGGAGAACCGACCCAGAGUGGCGAGGUCAGAGGAGCUGCGGCAGUGCCAGGCGGCCUCCGCCCAGCGGAUGGCGUCGCACGAGAGAAAACACCUGGGAGGCUUCAGGAGGAUCUUCCCUCGAGAGGGAGGAGAAAAGUACGACAAGUUCUUCAACCAAAGCAACUCGCUCGUCCAGCCCACGGAAGCUUCCAGAGCCCGUCAGGAGUGUGCCAGGCAGCAACUCCAGGAGCUGCGUGAGAAGCAGCGGGACGUGCCGGGCGUCCGGCGGGGGGACUCUCAGGGGGAGACGGCGGGGGAGCGGGCGAGACCUCGGCGCACACAACGCAGACACCCCCCAUCCUGCCCCGAGGGGGACCUGCAGCUGUAUUCAAAUGAACCAGAUGAGGCUUGCUACACUUUAAGCUCCGCUGCAUGCAAAUGUGCAACCGUCGUCAAGCUCCUCGCCGACGCUCCUCAGCCUCCUGCUCCGGUCCAGCUAGAGGAGGAAGAGGAAGAGGAGGAGCGGGUCAAGGUGCUGCUCCAGAGGAAGAAGCUGCUGCUGGACCUGGGGGUGGUCCAGCAGUUCCGCCAGCUGCUCCAGGGCCAGAACGAGGGAGGGGGGCCCCCACAGGAGGCCGGCCCCCGCCAGCAGAGGCCGUCGGCUCCGAGGCAACUUUUGACGAAAACUCUCUCACCACUGCAGCUGGACUGUUUGACGCCGUUUGUUCAAAAGACGGCGGCGACGUCCUGGACUUUGACCUCAAGGCAGAGCUCGCUCAGGCCCGCAGCCACCCUCAGGAACGUAAACACACCAGGCUGCCUGCAGCUGGAGACAGAAAGCCACCACGUAGCAGCGGACAAAGGGACCAACAGUGCUCAGAAGGUCCACGGACAAGUCCGACGCUGCCCCGCAGCGGCUCGCCAGACCCUCAGGCGCUCUGACCGGCAUCCCUGUGACGCCGUCGCCAAAGCACGCUGCGCCUACACGCCUCACGACCCCGCAGACCUGCAGAGCCUUUUGGUCACCUCCGCUCGCCCCCCUCUGCUCAGGAGGCCCGGCCUGACCCACAGGGGCCCCCACCACGGCGAAGGACCGUGAGGUUCCCACAAAGCAAGUCCAGCCACCCUUAGAACCACUGCUCAGGAUGUCCGACAUCAAACUGUGAAAAGUGUAAAAAAUCCUUCUAAGUCGGCGUGUGAUUUGUCGUUGCUUUUAUUUGUUUUUGUCUCUCAGCUUCGGUGCCAACGUGAACACAGGCAGGCCCCGGGUGCACCAGACG